CCAGGGAAUGUCAGGAAGACUCUGUCGAUCGCUUUGCACGAGAAUCUCGGGCGGUUCCUAUCAGUGCAAAUCAUCCAAACCGAGUCACGUGAUCUCAACUAAUCAUACCAAAUAUGGGCAUAACGUGGUACAUCACCCCACCAACAGACACUUCAAUUCCAACAGUACUGACUUUCCUGACACUCUCCCUAAUCUAAUGCAAAUAGAAAAACUGGUGGACUCUCCAGUCACAUUCCUAAGUAUAGAAUACCUGCAGAAUAACGAGAUAUUUUAUCUGAUGGAAAACAUUCAAAAGUUAAUCGGCACAAAACACCCCAUAGUUCAGUUCGGGGCACAAACGUUACUUGGGUCAACAGGUACGUUCAAAGUUCAGGGACUUAUAGCGUUGCUGUUAGCGCAGAUACUGAACGCCAGCUCGCACAGCACACUGCUUCUACGCGACCACACUGGAAUACUUCCCAAACAGAGACGGCUUGUUGAAGUGUGUGAAAUGAUAUCCACGGCCUUCUUUUUACACGAUAACAUCGUCAGUUUGGAUAAAGUAAAGCUGGACGCCCGGCCUAACAUCCAGAAAGGUAACAAGUUAUCACUGCUGUUUGGGGAUUAUUUCCUGGCCACAGCUUGUUCCCAGUUGGCUACAAUGGAGAAUCCCAGUGUUGUUAACUCUGUGUCUCGAGCUAUAGCCCACAAUGUCGAGGGAAGGUUCUGGUUAGAGACUAUAGAUCCGAGCGCUCCACCUACGCUGGAUGACUUGUUGAAUUACUGUAGCCUGCGUCAUGGCGCUCUGUUGUCCAGUUGUUGUUAUUCUGCUGCCCUCUUAUCAGGACUUGGUAUAGACACUGCCUUAUCAUUACAGAAGUUUGGGGACUACGUGGGGCAGGCCAUUCAUUUGAAAAGCGAGAUAUUUGCUACGGAAACUAGCAAUAUUGGUUCAGAGAGUUUGAGCUCGUACCCCUACAUCGCAGCUGUGAGGUACUUACAUGAACAAGGCAAAAUAGACUUGAUAGAUCCUAUUUCUGGGCUGAAUGAGGAGAAGGUUAAAAAGAUUAUAAACUUGGGAUAUGGCCUGGAUUUGACAGCGGAACAGUGCGAAGUGUAUUGUAAUAAAGCUCUGGAAUCAUUAAAACAGUUAAACUCUAAUGACAAAUUAACACAGAAUUUAGCUAAAGUUGUUAUGGAUAUUAAAUCUGCUAAACCUGUUUAUACUGCGUAAUGAUUUUUGCUGUUUUCUUUAAUAUGAUCAGUUUGUGUUAU